GGGAAAACAGACAGGAAGAAGUUGAGUUUUGCCGCGAAAAGAGUGACCGGAACCAUUGUUUGUAGAACUUUGACGGUCGUGGGAUUUUUGUCCUAAUUAGCAACCCUUGCUGCUUGAAUCAUGUCUGGCUUUGACGACCCUGGAAUCUACUACAGCGACAGCUUCGGAGCGGGAGAGCAAGGCCCAGAUGAAGGUGGACAGAAGCGGAUUCAGAUCAAGAAGCGAUUCCGUGAAUUUCUCCGACAGUUUCGAGUGGGAACCGACCGAACUGGCUUCACAUAUAAAUACAGAUUGAAUCAGUUGGAGGAGGCUGCUAAGGAGGUUGCAGAUGAGGUGACACGUCCACGUCCAGUUGGAGAAGAGAUUGUGCAAGACAUUCAAGUCAUGCUGAAGAGCGAUGCACAUCACGCCUCUCUCCGCAGCCUUAAGUCUGAGCAGGUGUCUCAUCUGGUGAAAGUACAUGGCAUCAUCAUCUCCGCGACACCCGUGAAGGCCAAGGCCACCAAGGUGUGUCUGCAGUGUCGAAGCUGUCGUCAUGUCAUCAACAACAUCUCUGUGCCUCCGGGCCUGCAGGGCUACGCUCUUCCUCGCAAGUGCAGCAACACUAAUACCACUGCAAGACUGAAGUGCCCGAUGGACCCCUAUUUUAUAAUCCCGGAUCGCUGCGUUUGUGUUGACUUUCAGACACUCCGACUGCAGGAGUCUCCAGAUGCCGUACCGCAUGGAGAAAUGCCUCGGCACCUUCAGCUCUACUGUGACAGAUACCUGUGUGACCGUGUGGUCCCAGGGAACCGAGUGACCAUCAUGGGCAUCUACUCUAUCAAGAAGACGGCCGCUGUGAAGGCCAAAGGCAGAGAGAAGAGUGCCGGUGUGGGAAUUCGUGCGUCCUACCUGAGAGUGAUCGGCAUCCAAGUUGACACAGAAGGGGCAGGUCGUGGUGCUACUGGAUCGGUGUCGCCACAGGAAGAGGAGGAGCUACGGACGCUGGCCGCUUCUCCUGAUGUUUACACCUCGCUGGCUCGCUCCGUUGCUCCCUCAAUCUACGGCAGCGAUGAUCUCAAAAAGGCUAUCACCUGUCUGUUGUUUGGAGGCUCAAGGAAGAGGCUGCCCGAUGGUCUCACUCGCAGAGGAGACAUCAACCUGCUCAUGCUUGGAGAUCCUGGUACCGCCAAGUCUCAGUUGCUCAAGUUUGUGGAGAGAAGCUCGCCCAUUGGGGUUUACACCUCAGGAAAAGGGAGCAGUGCUGCUGGUCUGACUGCCUCUGUUUUGAGGGACCCGGCUACACGUGGCUUCAUCAUGGAGGGUGGCGCGAUGGUUCUGGCUGAUGGCGGCGUUGUCUGUAUUGAUGAGUUUGACAAGAUGCGAGAAGAUGACAGAGUUGCCAUCCACGAGGCCAUGGAGCAACAGACCAUCUCCAUCGCCAAGGCUGGCAUCACCACCACUCUGAACUCACGCUGCUCAGUGCUGGCUGCUGCCAAUUCCGUGUUUGGCCGCUGGGAUGACACCAAGGGGGAGGACAACAUUGACUUCAUGCCCACCAUCUUGUCCCGAUUCGACAUGAUCUUCAUCAUUAAAGACUUGCACGACCAGCAGAGGGACAUGACACUGGCCCGUCACGUUAUGAAUGUUCAUCUGAGUGCCCAGACACAAACGGAGGGUGUUGAGGGUGAGAUUCCGCUGGCCACCUUUAAGAAGUACAUCGCCUUUGCCAGAGCGAAAUGUGGCCCUCGUCUGUCUGCCGCUGCGGCCGAGAAGUUGAAAAACAGAUACGUGCUGAUGAGGAGCGGCGCAAGAGAGCAUGAGAGGGAAACGGACAAAAGAGCCUCCAUCCCAAUCACUGUCAGGCAACUGGAGGCUGUUGUGCGUAUCGCAGAGUCGUUGGCCAAAAUGAAACUGCAGGCCGUCGCUGGAGAAGAAGAAGUAGAUGAGGCGCUGCGACUCUUCCAAGUUUCGACACUGGAUGCCGCGCUCUCGGGCAGCCUCUCGGGAGUGGAAGGUUUCACCACUCAAGAGGACCAGGAGAUGCUUUCCCGAAUUGAGAAGCAAUUAAAGAGGCGCUUUGCAAUCGGCUCCCAAGUGUCUGAGCACAGCAUCAUCCAAGACUUUGCCAAACAGAAAUAUCCCGACCACGCCAUCUACAAAGUUCUCCACCUGAUGUUGCGGAGGGGUGAGCUUCAGCACCGUAUGCAGAGAAAAGUACUCUACAGAGUCAAAUAGAUGAUUGUGUCACAUCAAGUGCAUAUUGAUGUAAGUGCUUCCCCACAUCUGCCCCUCAUCACCAUUUGUGCUCUUGAGUCGAUGUCAACGUUCAACUUUGGAGUUAAAGAUGAAAUUGUUUCACCGACAUGGAUGUUUUUUGUUGAGCAAAAAAAGGUGUUUCCACAUAUCUGCAUGUCCUGUAAAGAAUUUAAGUUCUGAGAAUCAUAAAUAAAACAUUGUCAUAGCAAAU